GCUCCGUCUAUAAAAGGAACUCCUCCAUAUAAACCUUACAUCGCCGCUGCUUUUUUUUUUUUCUUUUCUCUGUAAGACAGAGAGGGGGAGAUAGUGUGCCGGCAGGGGAUGCUGACAGGACACAUCGAGUCAGUGCACGCCAGGGAGAGCAUCACAUCUGUUCUGUCCGGACUGGAGGCUUCUCUGAGGGGCUGCAGCUCAGGGGCUUUCUUCUGAGGGGCCAUCAGGACUGGGGACAAGUUAAUGAGCAACCUAAAGUCUCUGGUACUGCGACAACUUCUGCCCAAGCUGCAGAGGUGAGGCAGUGUGGACUCUCAUGGAGAAGAUGUCGUACUGUACUCAACUAGGACUUCUACUCUGGAAGAAUUUCACCUACCGGCGGAGGCAAACUUUGCAGCUGCUGGUUGAAAUCGCUUGGCCUCUCUUCAUCUUCUUUAUUCUGAUAUCUGUACGACUUUCAUAUCCACCUUAUGAACAACAUGAAUGCCAUUUCCCGAACAAAGCGAUGCCAUCUGCCGGAGCUUUACCAUGGGUACAGGGAAUUAUUUGCAAUGCUAAUAAUCCAUGUUUUCGAUACCCAACUCCAGGAGAGUCACCAGGAGUUGUUGGAAAUUUCAAUAGGUCCAUAGUUUCUCGGUUGUUUUCUGAUGCAAGGCAGUUACUGCUAUACAGUCAAAAAGACACAAGUGGGAAGGACUUGCACAAGUUCUUGGCGAGUUUGCAUAGAUUCCGGGGUACAGGUAUGAAACUUAGGGAUUGCUUGAUGGAUAAUGAGAAAUUCACAACGUUCCUACAACAGAACAUAAGUAUGCCUUCCAUUGUGGUCGAGGAAAUACUGAAUGCUGACCUCAAAGUGGAGCAGGUCCUGAUAUCCGGGUUUCAGAUACGCUUAAAAGACUUGUGCAAUACCUCUAGAUUGGAGGAGUAUGUGACCAUUCACAAUGAAGAAGUGGCAAAAUUCAGCCAGUCAGUCAUAUGUGCACUUCCAGAAGACAAGCUCAACCUUUUGGAGCACCAGUUCCGUUCCAACAUUGACCUUCUAAAGCCCAUCACUAAAGAAAUGUCAUCAAAGACUUUCCCGGCGCUAAGAGAGGUUACAGAAAACCUACUACACAGCAUGGGACAACUUGCAAAGGAAGUUAUUACUAUGAAGAGUUGGUCAGACAUGAGGCAGGAGGUUAUGUUCCUGACCAGCCAGAACUCUACAGCUUCACCAACCUCCUUAUAUCAAGCUGUGUCCCGAAUUGUUUGUGGUCAUCCUGAGGGAGGGGGUCUAAAGAUCAAGUCCCUCAACUGGUAUGAGGAUAACAACUAUAAGGCACUAUUUGGAGGAAAUGAAGGAGGGGAGAACGGCACGGAGGAAGAGUCAUCAGCUGUCUAUGACAAUUCUACAACUCCAUAUUGCAAUGACCUGAUGAUGACCCUAGAGUCCAGCCCCCUCUACAGAAUGAUCUGGAGGGCACUGAAACCUUUACUUGUUGGCAAAAUCCUCUAUACCCCAAGCACCCCGGCCACACGCAUGUUAAUGUCUGAGGUUAAUAAAACUUUCCAAGAAUUGGGAGUAUUUCGAGAUCUUGGAGCAAUGUGGGAAGAGAUUCGGCCACAGAUUAAAACUUUCCUGGAAAGCAGCAAAGAGAUGGAUCUUGUUAGGACUCUACUGACCAACAAGGGCAGCAAACAUUUCCUGGAUCGCCAACUAAAUUCUACAGGGUGGACAUCAGAAGACAUUGCAAGGUUUCUGGCCAAAGAAUCAGAAAUACAGGCUGAGAGUGAAACAUUGUAUACCUGGAGAGAGGCACUCAAUGAGACUGACCGUGUGGUGCUGACCAUGUCACGGUUCAUGGAGUGUGUCAAUCUAGACAAGUUAGAACCAGUGGACAAUGAAGAAAGUCUUAUUGACAAGUCCUUGGAGCUUCUAAAUGAGAGAAAGUUCUGGGCAGGAGUAGUUUUUGUGGACUUGCCGGAAGAUGAUACUGUACUACCUCAGCACAUAAAGUAUAAAAUCCGAAUGGACAUUGAUAAUGUAGAGAGAACCAACAAGAUUAAGGAUGGUUACUGGGAUCCUGGUCCUCGUGCUGAUCCAUUUGAAGACAUGCGCUACAUCUGGGGUGGAUUUGCUUAUCUACAAGACGUUGUUGAACAGGCAAUUAUUAGAGUACAGACUGGUACUGAGAAGAGGACUGGAGUAUAUGUUCAGCAGAUGCCAUAUCCUUGUUAUGUAGAUGACAUAUUUUUACGUGUCAUGAGUCGGUCCCUUCCUUUGUUCAUGACAUUAGCUUGGAUCUAUUCUGUUGCUGUAAUAAUUAAGGGAAUUGUAUAUGAAAAAGAGGCUCGUCUAAAAGAGACCAUGAGAAUCAUGGGGCUGGACAAUGGCAUCCUGUGGCUCAGUUGGUUUAUUAGCAGCCUCAUCCCACUUCUUAUGAGUGCUGGCCUGCUGGUGCUGAUCCUUAAGACUGGAAACUUACUGCCUUACAGUGAUCCAAGUGUGGUAUUUGUCUUCUUAUCUGUCUUUGGAGUGGUGACCAUCUCACAGUGUUUUCUGAUAAGCACCAUAUUCUCCAGAGCCAACUUGGCAGCAGCCUGUGGUGGCAUCAUUUAUUUUACACUUUACCUACCCUAUGUACUUUGUGUUGCGUGGCAGGACUAUGUGGGCUUCAGUCUCAAGAUUUUUGCUAGCUUUUUGUCACCUGUUGCAUUUGGAUUUGGUUGUGAAGUUUUUGCACUUUUUGAGGAGCAAGGAGUUGGUGUACAGUGGAGCAAUCUCUUAGAUAGCCCUCUUCAAGAAGAUGGGUACAGUCUUACUACCUCGGCCUUGAUGAUGCUAUUUGAUACGCUUUUGUAUGGGGUGAUGACUUGGUAUAUCGAAGCCGUUUUUCCAGGCCAGUAUGGAAUUCCAAGAUGUUGGUAUUUCCCAUUCACAAAGUCUUAUUGGUGUGGAGAAGAACCACAACUGAUACAUCACCCCAGUUCUUUACAGAAGGAAUCAUCUGAAGUUUGCAUGGAGGAAGAACCCAGCCAUCUUACACUAGGAGUCUCCAUUCAGAAUCUAAUAAAAAUUUACAGAAAUGGUAAAAAAGUGGCAGUGGAUGGCUUGUCACUAAGCUUCUAUGAAGGACAGAUCACUUCAUUUCUGGGACAUAAUGGAGCUGGGAAAACUACAACUAUGUCCAUAUUGACAGGCUUGUUCCCACCAACCUCUGGAACUGCCUACAUCAUGGGGAAAGACAUCCGCACUGAACUCAGCUCUAUCAGACAGAAUUUGGGAGUUUGUCCUCAACAUAAUGUCCUGUUUGACAUGCUCACUGUUGAAGAACACAUCUGGUUUUAUGCACGACUGAAAGGGCUUUCAGAGGAAAAGGUGAAAACAGAGAUGGAACAGAUGAUAAAUGAUGUUGGCCUCCCCAAUAAGAAAAAAUCAAAGACAAGUCAACUGUCAGGUGGUAUGCAGAGAAAACUCUCCGUAGCCCUGGCUUUUGUUGGUGGAUCAAAGGUUGUCAUUCUCGAUGAGCCCACAGCUGGGGUUGACCCCUAUUCAAGGAGAGGCAUUUGGGAGCUGCUACUAAAAUACAGACAAGGAAGGACAAUUAUCCUUUCCACACAUCACAUGGAUGAGGCUGACAUCCUUGGAGACCGCAUUGCUAUAAUCUCACAAGGCAAAUUGUGCUGUGUAGGAUCUUCUCUGUUCCUAAAGAACCAACUAGGAACUGGCUACUACCUUACAUUAGUGAAGAGGGACACCGACUCCUCUCUUAGCUCCUGCAGAAACAGCAGCAGUACAAUGUCAUACCUGAAAAAGGAAAGUGGCAGAUCAGCUCUUGUUUGCAAACAGAAUAGGAGCUUGAUGCUGGCAACGCCAACAGGAGCGGGGACCACAGCAGCGGUGAUUAUUAAAAAUAGCAAACAUACCCCGGAUCGGAAGAAAGAGACCAAGAAUAGGGAGGACAGUGUGUCUCAGAGCAGUUCUGAUGCUGGACUGGGCAGUGACCAUGAAAGUGACACUUUGACAAUAGAUGUCUCUGCCAUCUCAAACCUCAUUCAUAAACAUGUGCCUGAAGCACGAUUUGUUGAAGAUAUUGGACAUGAACUUACCUAUGUCUUGCCUUAUGAGGCCGCUAAAGAGGGAGCAUUUGUUGAGCUUUUCCAUGAAAUAGAUGAUCGCUUAAUUGACCUUGGCAUCUCAAGUUAUGGCGUCUCAGAUACCACUCUUGAGGAGAUAUUCCUAAAAGUGGCCAAUGACACAGGUGUGGAUGCAGAGACAUCAGAUGGAACACUACCUGCUAGGAGGAAAAGAUAUGCUUUUGGAGACCACCAGAGCUGCCUACGGCCUUUCACAGAAGAUGACAAUUUGGAAACCAAUGACUCUGAUUUGGAUCCAGAAUCACGGGAGACAGAUUUUCUGAGUGGCGUAAAUGGAAAAGGGUCCUACCAAAUGAAAAGCUGGAGUCUGAUGAGGCAGCAGUUUACAGCCUUACUUUGGAAGAGGCUACUCUACGCCAAGCGCAGUAGAAAGGGCUUCUUCGCACAAAUUGUGUUGCCAGCAGUUUUUGUACUUAUUGCACUGUUGUUUAGCCUUAUUGUGCCACCAUUUGGAAAAUACCCCAGCCUUGAGAUUGAGCCCUGGAUGUAUGAUGAACAAUAUACCUUUUUUAGCAAUGAUGCCCCAGAAGACUCGGACACUCAAGCUCUUUUAAGAGCUUUAAUCGUAAAGCCAGGCUUUGGAACAGCAUGCAUGGAUGGAUAUUCUAUUCCGGGUGUUCCCUGCUCAGGAGAGGACGAAGUUUGGAGAACUCAGUUUAUCUCACAGGCUGUGGAAGACCUUUUUCUAAAUGGUAAUUGGUCAAUGGAAAACCCUUCUCCUGCCUGUGAAUGCAGCAGUGAAAAUGUAAAGAAGAUGCUGCCAGUGUGUCCGCCAGGGGCCGGUGGCCUACCACCUUUUCAGAAAAAACAAAACACUUCAGACAUCCUACAAGAUCUUACAGGAAGAAACAUAUCAGAUUAUCUAGUAAAGACGUAUGCCCAGAUUAUUGGAAAAAGCUUAAAGAAUAAGAUCUUUGUGAAUGAGUUUAGGUAUGGUGGUUUCUCCUUGGGUGCAAGCAGCUCCCCGGGAUUACCAAAAAGUGAAGAUAUUUUGGCUUCCAUUAAACACAUCAAGAAACAAUUGGACAUAGCAAAGAAUGGGGCUGCUAACCGCUUUCUUGACAGCUUUGGGGCAUUUAUGAAAGGGCUUGAUACAAACGAUAAUGUAAAGGUGUGGUUUAACAAUAAAGGCUGGCAUGCUGUUGGGGCUUUCCUAAAUGUGAUGAACAAUGCCAUCCUCCGCGCUAGACUUCCUGAGGGAAAGGAUCCUGCCAAAUUUGGGAUUACAGCCUUCAACCAUCCUUUAAACCUCACCAAAGAACAACUAUCUGAGGUUGCACUGAUGACCACAUCGGUGGAUGUCUUGGUAUCCAUCUGCGUUAUUUUUGCCAUGUCAUUCGUGCCAGCCAGCUUUGUAGUUUUCCUGAUCCAGGAGAGAGUGAGCAAAGCCAAACAUUUGCAGUGUAUUAGUGGAGUGAAGCCUGUGAUCUACUGGCUGGCCAACUUUGUGUGGGAUAUGUGUAACUAUAUUGUGCCAGCAACAUUGGUCAUAAUAAUAUUCAUCUGCUUCCAGCAGGACUCCUAUGUAUCUUCUUCUAACUUACCAGUGCUUGCACUUUUACUUUUGUUGUAUGGGUGGUCCAUAACUCCUCUGAUGUACCCAGCUUCCUUCCUUUUUAAGAUACCCAGCACAGCCUAUGUGGUGUUAACAAGUGUUAAUCUUUUCAUUGGGAUCAAUGGCAGCGUGGCCACAUUUGUACUUGAACUUUUUACAAAUAAUAAACUGAACAACAUCAAUGAUAUUUUGAAAUCGGUGCUGCUUAUAUUUCCUCAUUUCUGUCUGGGAAGAGGUCUGAUUGAUAUGGUCAAGAAUCAGGCCAUGGCCGACGCUUUAGAAAGAUUUGGAGAAAAUCGCUUUGUCUCUCCUAUGUCCUGGGAUCUGGUUGGGAGAAAUCUUUUUGCCAUGGCUGUAGAAGGAGUGGUGUUCUUUGUUAUAACUCUGUUGAUUCAGUAUCGCUUUUUCAUCAAUCCAAGGCCAGUGACUGCAAAGCUUCCUCCAGUAAUUGAUGAGGAUGAAGACGUGGCAAGGGAGCGGCAGCGAAUAAUGAAUGAAGGGGGUCGAAGUGACAUCUUAGAAGUCAAAGGACUGACAAAGAUCUACAGAAUGAAAAGAAAGCCAGCUGUUGAUAGACUGUGUGUGGGAAUACCCCCAGGAGAGUGUUUUGGCCUGCUGGGCGUUAAUGGUGCCGGUAAGACUACCACAUUCAAAAUGCUCACUGGAGAUACAGAUGUGACUGCUGGGGAAGCCUUUCUGAAGGGAAACAGUAUCUUGUCUAAUAUUCACGAAGUCCAUCAGAAUAUGGGGUACUGUCCUCAGUUUGAUGCCAUCAAUGAACUAUUGACAGGCCGGGAGCAUCUGGAGUUAUAUGCCCUUUUGCGUGGAGUGCCUGAAAAGGAAGUUUGCAAGGUUGCUGAAUGGGCUGUGCGAAAACUAGGCUUAGUGAAAUACUCAGACAGAUGCGCAGGAGGCUAUAGUGGAGGAAACAGGCGUAAAUUAUCUACAGCUAUUGCCCUAAUAGGAGGACCGCCAGUAGUCUUUCUGGAUGAACCAACCACAGGAAUGGAUCCUAAAGCAAGACGCUUCUUAUGGAACUGUGCCCUGAGUGUUGUUAAAGAAGGAAGAUCCGUCGUGCUAACUUCACACAGUAUGGAAGAAUGUGAAGCUCUCUGCACAAGAAUGGCUAUUAUGGUGAAUGGCAGAUUCAGAUGUCUGGGGAGUGUUCAGCAUCUAAAGAAUAAGUUUGGCGAUGGGUAUACCAUUAUAGUAAGAAUAUCAGGGUCGAACCCAGAUUUGAAGCCCGUGGAGGAGUUUUUCAGCCAUGCUUUCCCAGGGAGCGUAUUAAAAGAGAAACAUAGAGGAAUGUUGCAGUACCAGCUGCGCUCUUCACAAUCCUCCUUGGCCAGGAUCUUCAGCAUCCUUUCCAAGAACAAGAAAAAACUUCACAUUGAAGAUUAUUCAGUGUCUCAGACCACUCUUGACCAAGUGUUUGUUAACUUUGCCAAGGACCAAAGUGACGAUGAUCUUUUGAAGGACUUGUCAUUACACAAAAACCAGACUGUAGUAGAUAUGAACGCCCUUACAUCUUUUCUUGAGGACGAGAAGGUGAAAGAAAGCUACGUGUGACAAGCCAAACUGGAGAAAUCUGGAGGAUAUGUAUGAAAAGCCUUCCUUGGCAGCAACUGGGACAUAAAUGCCAGAGAAUCGGGUCUCUAGGACCAGAGCAGGGAGGCAUCAUAAACUGGACAGCUACCACUCAAUGCAAUGCAAAUCAAUGCAAUGACAGACACAAUUCCAUAACAGAGGCCGUGCCUCUAGUGUUGCCUUGUUGUACUGUACGCAAGUAGAAGACUUGAACAUAGAGGCCAACAGUAUGACAAUGUGAAUCUCUAGUGUUGGCCCCACUGGAUCUUGCUCGAAAGUGGGGUUUGAAACAAAAGCUGUUAUGUACAAUGUAAAUUUUGUAUUGUUUAUUGUAUUCUUUUCCAGGAUCGCAACAAUAUUACCACUGACAAAUCAUGACUAGUAACUAUUUAUUAAUUGUUAGGGCAUCAACGUGUUUCAGCAGAUGCAGACAUGGUUUGCCCAGAAGGACUAGCUUUAAUACCUUGUGAUGUUCUAAGAGGUUCAGGUUUUCUUGAUGUUACCAUUUAAGCUACCAUGGGUGCAUUUUGUAUGUGCUUUGAAGCACAGCCUACCAUUUCUAGAGACUCCUGGUAGUGUGAAGAUAUCAGUAAUAAAGAAAAAAACAAGCGGCAGUUCAAGUCAGGCCAGUGUAAAAUCCUGAAAAGCUAUUGCAUCCAGCAUUUAUACAUGUGCCAGAAAUCACGUUGGAAUUUUAUAUCAGUAAAAAAAAGGAUCAAAGGUCACAAAGUAUCAUGCGUGGAUGCAAUACAGAGUCCAAGAUAUUAUUACUUUAUUUUUCUACUGCAGACUGUCCAGCUUUUCUAAAUUUGUUUUUGGUAGCAUUGUUACAUGUGUCCUGUGGUGUUAUUUUUGCAUUUUUACUAUUGUCUUUAGGGCGAUUUGUAUUUUUUGAACCUUAAAAUUUUAGUUUCCUUUUUGUCUUACUUUCCUUUCAGACUGCAAAACCAAUGCUUUUGUUUAAGAAUAGUUCUAUAGUCUUGUCUCAUAUGCUUUCAUGUACUAAACCAAUGCACUCCAAGAUAAUGGGACUCCAGUGCAUUCUGAAUAUAUGGCAAGUUAGAUGAGCCGAUAUAUAGUUAUAUUUCCUUUGAGGAAGGCUUAGCUAUGAGGAAGAUGGUUCGUAGACGGAAAUAAUACUAGAAUACAAGAAUACAUCUCAAAAGUCAACAUUCUGUACAAGCAUACGUUGGCCAGAGUAUUGGGUUGUCCAGUUGCUUUAUUUGAUAGUCAAGCAAAAAACAAAACCUUGCCAAACUAAGCCAGCAACGUACAUUUUCAAAAUGUUUUACUGCCACUUUGUAUCUUCUUUUCAGAUAAAAUGAUAAAUAGAGAUAAAUCACAACUAAUAAAUACAAAUGGGACAGGGCCGAGUUUGAACCAAAUGUGAUAUCAUGAAAUGCUAUUAGUGAUUGUACAUAGGACUGCAGGUAAUCCUAUGCAGAAAGGUAUCACAAUGCACAAACAAUGCAGCCUGAAAGGUCAACCCCAUAGUCGGCUCUGCUACAUCUGUGCAGUAAUGUGUUUUCCAGUACAUCAGCGACACCAGAGCACAAGGGAAGGUGCCGCUUGUUGCACUUAGGAGCGUCUACUCUGCUAAAGAAGUCUAAAGAGCCUUACUGCUGCGGGAACUGUACACCUUGUACAAAAAUACAUCUGGAUAAAUAGGUAAUGGAAAAAUGAUUACUACACUGAAACCACAGCUUGCUCUCGCAUUACACCCCAGGUUGAAGCCUAGUCUGCUCCUCAGGAUUACAUAAGUGACCCUCAUGGAUUAGGAACAUACAUAAACUAAGAGUGCUGGAUGUGUGGUGCAUAGAUACCCAUUCCACAGGGCAUUAGUAUGAUUCAAAUCUUGAAACUAUUGUUAAAUGUAAGUUUUACACCGCCAGACCUCUUUAGAAAUGUUACAGUGCUUUCCUGAGUAUUGUUCCAUGGUAUUAUAGAUAAAAACACAAUAGUCACUGGAAAAAUUCAUGUUGAAUUAACUAUCCCUGCUCUCCCCCAUACUGCUAGCAUUUAAGGAGACAUGCCACUAAAUCCCUAGAACAGAGAAAGCUGCUUUGAAUUGGUAUAUUGGAAUAGUACUACAACUUCCUAAGAAUGUGACAAUGAGAAGCAAUUGUUGCAUGAACAGUUCUGUUGUAGUGCUUGUUCUGUUGAUAAGCCUUCCCAAAUUUACAUAGAGUGCUAGAACAAGCUUAUCGUACGUACGUAUCAAUGCAAUUUUUGUGGUUUUUACCUCAGUCUAUGCAAGAAGCAUUAUUCCUGCACCUUCUGUGUUACACAAAGUGUGAUAUAUUUUUUGUAUUUUUUUUUUUCAACACUGCCUUACCAGAUGGCACUGAUGUUCAAGAAAAUGUCAGGAUACAAUAAGUGACAAAUGCUAAGAAGUUGAAGCUUGUGUUUACUAGCGUAUAUUAUGUCAUGGGUAUAGUGCCAAGUUAGUAUUAUCACCACCAUACUGAUUGACUGUACCGAAUUAUUGCAACAUUCUGCACAUAUACAUUUGUUCAUGUCUGUGGAGGAUAUGUAUAUACGUCAUCGGUGCCUGUGGUUUGCAUUAUCUGGAAUAUCCAGCCAAUUCCUGGUGAGAAUAGGACUCAGGUCUAACAGAUUGGGCAAGUUUCUUCAUCUUUUUCUUAAAAAAUAAAAAAUAUAACCAUUUAUAGUGGGUAACAGUUCAAAGAUUCACAUUUAUUUUGCUCAUUUUGUGAAUUAACUUGUUCUGCAGAAAUAAUGUGCCACCAAGUUAUCUUCCUUCUGGUUGGCUCAUAAAUGCCAUGAUCUUUACACGUGUAUGCAUAUUUGUGUAUCUCCUGAUCAGAAACAUUUCUCCCAUGUGAUGUGAUAUAUUACUUACAUUGGGGAGAAUAAAUAAACACUGUGGAAACAAACUGUCUGGUUCUGCCCAUAACAACCAAUCACAGCUCAGCUUUCAUAUCUUAACAAUCGUUGUUAAAAUAAAUCCCUGAGCUGUGAUUGGUUGCUGUGGGCAGAACCAGACAGUUUUCAGUUUUUAUUUAUUCACCCCCUCAUUGUGUUUCAUUUUUUUGGUCCUUCAUUCCAAGCACUUUAAGCUGUUUUUAAUGGGAUCUAUUUUUUGCACUGGAAUACCCAUUAACAUUGCAAAAAAAUAAAAAAUAAAAAAAAAUUGUUUUACAAUAUUAGUUUAAGUUAAAUCCUUACAUUGGAAUUUCCUUGACUGAAAAAUAUUUGUAUUGUUAUUAACUGUUUAAGUAUUAAAGUAUAGACUUUAGAUCUUUGUUAAUUGCCUUGUAUUAUGUCACGUAAAGUAAAAUAAAAAAGUGACAUCUAAGUUG